GCCGACAUGUCAGAUACUGCUGAUUACCUGACGCCAUCCCGCAAGCGGUCUCGCUGGGAUGUCGAUGAAGAGGAUACUCAGAUACCACUCAGCCAGCAACCCCCGAAACGUCGUUCAAAAAGCAGAUCUACUAUCUCGUCAGUUCCCGAUCACCCACAACCACAGCAGAAGCCUAGCAAGCCUGAGGCAAGGCAGGGCAGCUCAGAGCGUCGCCGCCCGACGCACAGCAUAUACGUACCUCCACGGACUUCUCAUCCCCAACUACAGCCAUCUCGUUCGGUUUAUAGUUAUGAGAGGCUGAACUCGAUCGAAGAGGGUUCCUAUGGCGUUGUCUUUCGUGCGCGGGAUAAACAAACCGGAGACAUUGUUGCUUUGAAGAAGCUGAAGCUAGAUGAAGAGAAGAACGGAUUCCCCAUUACAGCGCUGCGCGAGGUCAACUCGCUCAUGAUGUGCAAGCAUGAGAACGUAGUUGGGAUACGAGAGGUUGUGGUUGGAGACACUCUAACACAAGUGUUCAUUGUCAUGGACUUCAUUGAACAUGACCUCAAGACGCUUCUCACUGUCAUGCCAUCGCCCUUCCUGCAGUCCGAAAUCAAGACACUGAUGUUGCAACUAUUAUCAGCUGUCGCUCACUGCCACGACCGUUGGAUUCUGCAUCGUGACCUAAAGACCAGCAAUCUAUUGAUGAACAACCGUGGCACCAUUAAAGUGGCCGACUUCGGCCUUGCUAGGAGAUAUGGAGACCCAGUUGGUGUCGGCGGUUUGACGCAACUUGUAGUGACGCUGUGGUACCGGGCGCCUGAGAUCCUCCUCGGUGCGAAGGAGUAUUCGACCGCCGUCGACAUGUGGUCGGUCGGGUGCAUCUUUGCCGAGCUGCUCCUCAAGGAACCGCUCUUCGAAGCAAAAGGAGAGAUUGAGCUACUAUCCAUGAUAUUCAAGCUGCUCGGACCGCCGACCACUCACUCCUGGCCAGACUACCACACCUUGCCUCUAGCGAAGACAAUCAGCCUGCCGCCUCCGCAACUGCCGCAGUUGCAGCAGAAGUUCCACUAUAUCACAGCAGCUGGCGUUGAUUUGCUCUCGCGCUUGCUCACGUACGACCCUGAGAGACGGAUAUCCGCCACAGAGGCCUUAAAACAUCCGUACUUUAGCGAGUCGCCGUUUCCCAAACACCCUGACCUCUUUGGCUCGUUUCCAUCGGCGGCCGCAGGCGAAAAGUAUGUGCUCGUCCCUGAUAGGGUACUUAUCUUCUGA